AUGUCCGAAGAGGGAGCGCGGCUCGACGGCUCUUGCUCGUCAUCGAGCACGGCGACCAUGACGCUCUCACCACCGACCUUGUAUAUCUGGCCUGCAAAAUGGGAUUUACCGUCCAUGGAACCCGCGAGCCUCGCCGCCGUGCUCUAUCUCCAGCUCUCCAUUCCCAGUCGUUUUCGUGUAGUCGAAAGCACGAAUCCCGACCUGUCUCCCAGCGGACAACUGCCGUAUCUGACGCACGGGCACCACAUCGUCACUCCCGCAUCGUCUAUCUUCAAAUACAUCGCCGCGCUGACCCCAGACUCGCUCCCGCAAGCAAACAACCAAGAGAGCGCGUUUUCGACUGAUCUUGAUGCUCUCUUGAGCACUCCACAGCGCGCCAAGCGAACCGCAUGGCGCGCGCACGUCGAAUCCGCCCUCGGCGACCUUGUUGCACACAUGUUCUAUUCUCUCCCGACGAACUACAACGGCCUCACCCACCCGGCACUUGUUUCAUCCCUCUCCGUCCCGCAACGAUAUUAUGUCCCCCAGCGCAUGCGCGAUCUGCACCGCGUGCGCCUCGAAGCGAGUGGGCUGUGGAAUCUCCCGGGCGAGGAGAUCGAGGAUGUUGAGGCGGAGAGGAAAGUAUUUGGGCAGAAGGAGAAAAAGAAAGACGAAGAGCCGAAGAAGGUGUUCAAGGGCGCGUUUGAGCGCGAACGGGUUCUCGAGCGCGCGAGAGCCGCAUUUGACCUCUAUGCGCGAUUGCUGGGUGACGAACGGUUCUUCUUCUACGACAGACCGACGUCGCUCGAUGUUCUUCUUGCGGCACACACACUCCUCCUGAUCAACCCACCCUUCCCCGACCCGCUCCUCCCAUCGCUUCUCAGUACGUCUUACCCCAGCCUCCUCGCACACGCGCGGCGUGUUCUCUCUGCCGCCUUCCCACAGUCGACUUCGCCAUCCGAACAGCUGCAGAUACUCCCUCCCCAAUCAUACUCUCUGCGUGGGCUGUUGCCGUACCCCGCGCUCCAGGCUCCGUGGAGAGCAAACGAGACGAAAAAAAAGGAAGAAGAAAAGAGCGAGAAGGACCGGGAAUUUGAUAGGAAGCGAUGGCAGUGGAUCGGGCUGGCGGCAGUCAGCGCGGUCGGUUAUUGGUUGUUUCUGGGGCUUGCUAUCGUGAUCAAUUUCAAAGACAACGAGGGAGAGGAGUUAGUUGAUGGCGAGGGAGAGGAGUUGGUCGAUGACGACGAAGGGGAAGAGGGCGAUGCCUUAGACGGACAGUAG